AGCAGCCAAGAGGGAGGGAGCUGGAGCCGGAGCGGGAGCGCGAGGGGAGGCAGGCAGGCCGGCUGGCGGGCGCAGAGCCGAGAAACGGAGUGCUGGGAUCUUGCCCGGACCGGGCUGGGCCGCGAUGCUCCGGGUCGUACCGGCCGAGGCGGGGGCCGGGCCUGGGGGUCGGCGCUGAGGCGGGAGGGGCUGCGCGGGAUGGAGCCGAUGCAGCCCGUGGCUGCAGAAACUUGAGCCGCUGCAGAUAAAUCUCUGCUCCGGUCUCUGCGCUCUCUCCCGGCAAACCCCCCUCGCGCUGAGGCUGCAGGACCCAGGCCUUCGGACCCCGGCUGCUGCGCUUCUUCGGGGCGGGGGCUUAGGGGGGGUUGGCCGCGGCUCCCCGAGGCCAGCCCCCCCGGAGUGAGUGCAGCCACUAUGGCGGACGGGGCGCCCCGGCCCCCACUCUAUCGCAGCGUCUCAUUCAAGCUGCUGGAGCGCUGGAGCGGCGGGCCUGGGCCGAGGGAGGGGGCCACGGACGCCCCCGGGCUGCGGCGCCGCGCCUCGUGCCGGCCGGCGGCGACUGUCCCGGGCCAGCCCUCCCGGCGCGUGUCCAAGCUGGCGUCGGGGCCCCCAGCCGCCCCCGCGCAGCCGCGCCCGCUCCGCAGCCUCUCGCCGUCGGUGCGCCAGCUCUCUCGGCGCUUCGACGCGCCGCGUCUGGAUAACGACUUCGCUGCGGCCCGGGACGGGGGCAUCUCCCUGGGGGCCGCCGAAGAAGCGGCGGAGGGCGCCGCGCGCGGAGCUUGGCCCAGUGUCACCGAGAUGCGCAAGCUCUUCGGUGGCCCUGGCUCCAGGCGGCCCAGUGCCGAGUCUGAGGCCUCGGGGACGCCUAGCCCCGACGGUGCUGCAUGGGAGCCUCCGGCUCCGGAGCCCCGGCAGCCACCGACGCCACCUCCUCGGACGUGCUUCCCCCUGGCGGGCUUGCGUUCGGCGCGGCCGCUGCCCGGCCCAGGGACCGAGGGGAGGAGGCGGCGGCAGCAGCAGCAACUGGAGCGGGCGCAGCGUCCGGCGGAUGGUUUACAUUCUUGGCAUAGCUUCUCCCAACCGCAGGCCGGGGCCCGGGCCUCCUGCUCCUCCUCCUCCUGCAUCGCCUCCUCCUAUCCUGUCAGCCGCAGCCGGGCUGCCAGCUCCAGCGAGGAGGAAGAGGAGGGCCCGCCGCCGCCGCCCGGGGCGCAGAGUCCGGCCUACCACGGCGGCCACUCCUCGGGCAGUGACGAGGACCAAGACGGUGAGGGCAGACACCGCUGGGGAGGGAGGCCGGGGCGCAGGCUUGGAAGCUCCCUCUCGGAUAAGGACUGUAGGUCGGACAGUUAUGGGUUAAAUCUGGGCAUCAUGGACUUGGCAGGGAGAACCGGGAGCCCGGAUCCCCCAACAUCUCCAAGAGCCCCUAGUGAGGAAGGACCCCGGGAGUGGGGUACUGGCUCCCCUCCCUGUGUACCAGGUCCCCAGGAGGGAGUUCGACCCUUGUCCGACACUGUUGGGGGAGCUUUCCGCGUGGCCAAGGUGAGCUUUCCCGCGUACCUGGCCAGCCCAGCAGGCUCCCGUGGUAGCAGCCGCUAUUCCAGCACCGAGACCCUCAAGGAUGAGGACCUGUGGGCUGGCCGCGGCUCUGGGGGCUGGGGCGUGUAUCGCUCCCCUAGCUUUGGAGCCGGGGAAGGACUCCUAAGGCCCCAGGCACGAACCCGCCUUAAGGGACCUGUGGGCACCUCGAGGGCCUUGAGGGAUGGAGGAUUGGAAUUGGACAAGAACCGGCAGCGCAAGUCCCUGUCGAAUCCAGAUAUCGCCUCGGAGACCCUAACGCUGCUCAGUUUCCUGCGCUCAGACCUUUCAGAGCUGAAGGUCCGAAAGCCUGGUGGGCGUCUUGUGGACCCUGGGAGUGGUCCCUUAGAUGGCAGAGACUCACCGUCUCCAGGUGGCCCAGUGGGGCAACUUGGGCCCAUGCCCGCCCCAGCCCCAGCAUCACCUGGCACCCGCCCCACACUCAAGGACUUGACUGCCACCCUACGCAGGGCAAAGUCGUUCACUUGCUCUGAGAAGCCCAUGGCCCGCCGCCUACCCCGAACCAGUGCCCUGAAGCCCAGCUCCUCUGAGCUCCUGCUGGCAGGCACAGGUGCCGAGGAGGACCCAUUGCCCCUCGUUGUUCAGGAUCAGUAUGUGCAAGAGGCCCGGCAGGUUUUUGAGAAGAUCCAGCGCAUGGGUGCCCAGCAGGAUGAGGGAAGCGACGCCCUCCCUGGAAGCCCUGACUGGGCAGGAGAUAUGAGCCGAGGGCAGCGGUCCCAGGAGGAGCUCUCGGGCCCUGAGUCCAGCCUGACAGAUGAGGGCAUUGGGACAGACCCUGAGCCUCCUGUUUCAGCCUUUUGCAGCCUGGGUACCGCAGCGGUGUGGCGACCUCUUUCCUCCCCCUUGGCUCAAACCAACCACCAUGGCUCUGGGGCUGAAGACAGUCUAGGAGGGUGGGCCCUGGUGUCCCCUGAUGCCCCUCCCACACCAGGUGCCCUCCGCCGGAGACGCAAAGUCCCACCUUCAGGCCCUGGUGGGGCUGAACUGAGCAAUGGUGAGGCAGGUGAGGCCUACCGGUCUCUGAGUGACCCAAUUCCACAGCGCCACCGGGCUGCCACCUCUGAGGAGCCCUCUGGGUUCUCCAUGGAUAGCAACCUCCUGGGCUCACUUAGCCCCAAGCCAGGACUUCCAGCAGCCCCAGCUGUGGAUGAAGGUUUGACCAGUGGCCACAGUGACUGGUCUGUGGGCAGUGAAGAGAGCAAGGGAUACCAGGAGGUUAUUCAGAGCAUCGUUCAGGGGCCUGGUGCCCUGGGGCGUGUGGUGGACGACAGGAUUGCUGGCAAAGCCCCCAAGAAGAAAUCUCUGAGUGACCCCAGCCGCCGUGGGGAGCUAGCUGGGCCUGGAUUUGAGGGCCCUGGAGGGGAGCCCAUCCGAGAGGUCGAGCCUGUGCUGCCUCCAUCCAGCAGUGAGCCCAUCCUUGCAGAGCGGAGGGCAGAACCAGAAGAGCCCAGUCCUGCCAGGGGCCGGGCACAGUCUGAGGUGGCCCUACCUGAGGCCCCGCCUGCCUCCUCCACUGCCCACCGUGACUUCCACCUUGACCCUAAACUGGCUGACAUUCUGUCCCCACGGCUUAGCCGCCGUGGUUCCAAGAAGCGCCCGGCCCGGAGCAGUCAUCAGGAGCUACAGAGAGAGAAGGGAAAUCAGGACCAGAAUGGCAGCCUGUCUCAGGCCCGACCCUCCUCCAAACACGUUCGCCAUGCCAGUGUGCCCGCCACCUUCAUGCCUAUCAUGGUGCCUGAACUGCCGACUUCCCAUGGCCCCCGUGUAGCUGUGCCAGAGCCCAUGGGCUUCCCUGCCCGAGCCCACCCAACACUGCAGGCACCCUCACUCGAGGACGUCACUAAGCAGUACGUGCUGACCCUCCACUCUGGCGAGGUCCCUGCUCCAGCACCAGUGGAUAUGCCCUGCUUGACUCCGGUUGCACCGCCCUCUGCUGAGGCCAAGCCCCCUGAGGCAGUCCGCACUCCGGAUGAGCCUGCUCCAGCCAGCAAGUGCUGCAGCAAGCCACAGGUGGACAUGCGGAAGCACGUGACCAUGACCUUGCUGGACACGGAGCAGUCAUAUGUGGAGUCGCUGCGCACCCUGAUGCAGGGCUACAUGCAGCCGCUGAAGCAGCCGGAGAACUCCUUGCUGUGUGACCCGUCGCUGGUGGACGAGAUUUUCGACCAGAUCCCGGAGCUCCUGGAGCACCACGAGCAGUUCCUGGAGCAGGUGCGGCACUGCGUGCAGACCUGGCAUGCCCAGCAGAAGGUGGGAGACCUGCUCGUCCAGUCGUUCUCCAAGGAUGUGCUGGUCAACAUCUAUUCUGCCUACGUUGAUAACUUUCUCAACGCAAAGGACGCCGUGCGUGUGGCUAAGGAGGCGAGGCCUGCCUUUCUCAAGUUCCUGGAGCAAAGCAUGCGUGAGAACAAAGAGAAGCAGGCACUCUCUGACCUCAUGAUCAAGCCCGUGCAGCGGAUCCCACGCUAUGAGCUUCUGGUGAAGGACCUCCUGAAGCACACGCCUGAGGACCACCCGGACCACCCCCUCCUGCUGGACGCGCAGCGGAACAUCAAGCAGGUGGCUGAGCGCAUCAACAAGGGCGUGCGGAGCGCCGAGGAGGCAGAGCGGCACGCGCGUGUGCUGCAGGAGAUUGAGUCCCACAUCGAGGGCGUGGAGGAUCUCCAGGCCCCUCUGCGGCGGUUCCUGAGGCAGGAGAUGGUCAUUGAAGUGAAGGCAAUUGGUGGCAAGAAGGACCGGUCCCUCUUCCUGUUCACGGACCUCAUCGUCUGCACCACCCUGAAGCGGAAGUCAGGCUCCCUGCGGCGCAGCUCCAUGAGCCUAUAUACAGCAGCCAGCGUCAUCGACACGGCCAGCAAGUACAAGCUGCUGUGGAAGCUGCCUCUGGAAGAUGCAGACAUCAUCAAAGGAGCGUCCCAAGCCACGAAUCGGGAGAACAUCCAGAAGGCCAUCAGCCGCCUAGACGAGGACCUGACCACCCUGGGCCAAAUGAGCAAGCUCUCUGAGAGUCUUGGCUUCCCCCACCAGAGCCUGGACGACGCGCUGCGGGACCUCUCGGCGGCCAUGCACCGGGACCUGUCAGAGAAGCAGGCGCUGUGCUAUGCGCUUUCCUUCCCCCCUACCAAGCUGGAGCUGUGCACCACAAGACCCGAGGGCACUGACUCCUUCAUCUUCGAGUUCCCCCACCCGGAUGCCCGCCUUGGCUUUGAGCAGGCCUUUGAUGAGGCCAAGAGGAAGCUGGCAUCCAGCAAAAGCUGUCUAGACCCUGAGUUCCUGAAGGCCAUCCCCAUCAUGAAAACACGCAGUGGCAUGCAGUUCUCGUGCGCGGCUCCGACCCUGAGUAGCUGCCCCGAGCCCACACCGGAGGUGUGGGUGUGUAACAGCGAUGGCUACGUGGGCCAGGUGUGCCUGCUGAGCCUGCGCGCCGAGCCCGACGUGGAGGCCUGCAUCGCUGUCUGCUCCGCCCGCAUCCUCUGCAUCGGGGCGGUGCCCGGCCUGCAGCGCCGCUGCCACCGGGAGCGGCCUCCGUCGCUGAGGAGCCCCCAGGAGACGGCACCCGAGCCUACCGGGCCGGAACUGGACGUCGAGGCUGCCGACGAGGAAGCGGCAACGCUGGCAGAGCCGGGGCCCCAGCCCUGCCUGCAUAUCUCCAUUGCGGGCUCCGGCCUGGAGAUGGCGCCUGGUCCCGCCGAGGGUGACCCCCGUCCGGAAUUGGUGCCCUUUGACAGCGACUCGGACGAUGAGUCUUCGCCCAGCCCCUCGGGGACCCUGCAGAGCCAGGCCAGCCGGUCCACCAUCUCCUCCAGCUUUGGGAAUGAAGAGACCCCGAGCUCCAAGGAGGCCACGGCGGAGACCACCAGCUCAGAGGAGGAGCAGGAGCCUGGCUUCCUGCCACUGUCUGGCUCCUUUGGGCCUGGCGGUCCCUGUGGCACCAGCCCAAUGGAUGGGAGAGCCCUUCGCCGCUCUAGCCGUGGCUCCUUCACCCGGGGCAGCCUUGAGGACCUGCUGAGCGUUGACCCUGAGGCCUACCAGAGCUCCGUUUGGCUGGGCACUGAGGACGGCUGCGUCCACGUGUACCAGUCCUCGGACAGCAUCCGUGAUCGCAGGAACAGCAUGAAGCUCCAGCAUGCAGCCUCCGUGACCUGCAUCCUGUAUCUGGAUAACCAGGUGUUUGUAUCUCUAGCCAAUGGAGAACUUGUGGUCUACCAAAGAGAAGCAGGCCGUUUCUGGGACCCCCAGAACUUCAAAUCGGUGACCCUGGGUGCUCAGGGGAGCCCCAUCACCAAGAUGGUGUCUGUGGGUGGGCGGCUAUGGUGUGGCUGCCAGAACCGAGUCCUUGUCCUGAGCCCUGACACACUGCAGCUGGAGCACACGUUCUACGUGGGGCAGGAUUCCAGCCGCAGUGUGGCCUGCAUGGUGGACUCCAGUCUGGGCGUGUGGGUGACACUGAAAGGUAGUGCCCACGUGUGUCUCUACCAUCCAGACACCUUUGAGCAGCUGGCAGAGGUAGACGUCACACCUCCCGUGCACAGGAUGCUGGCAGGCUCAGAUGCCAUCAUCCGGCAGCACAAGGCCGCGUGCCUGAGGAUCACAGCGCUGCUGGUGUGUGAAGAGCUGCUGUGGGUGGGCACCAGUGCCGGCGUCGUGCUCACCAUGCCCACCUCGCCCAGCACUGUCAGCUGCCCACGGGCGCCCCUCAGCCCUGCUGGCCUAGGCCAGGGACACACUGGGCACGUCCGCUUCUUGGCUGCAGUCCAGCUGCCAGAUGGCUUCAACCUGCUCUGCCCAACCCCACCACCUCCCCCAGACACAGGCCCCGAGAGGCUGCCAUCACUUGAGCACCGGGACUCCCCUCGGCACCGAGGACCCGCCUCAGCCAGGCCAAAAAUGCUGGUUAUCAGUGGAGGUGAUGGCUAUGAGGACUUCCGACUCAGCAGUGGGGGUGGCAGCAGCAGCGAGACCGUGGGCCGAGAUGACAGCACAAACCACCUCCUCCUAUGGAGGGUGUGACCCUGUCCGCUAGGGCCCAGGACUCACCCGCCCGCCUGCCCUCAGCCUGCUUGCCUCUCCCUAGUCCACACGCAGACUCUGACCAGGAGUGUCUGCCCAGGGGCACCCCUGUGCCUGCAUGGGCUCCCUCCCAUCCUCGCAGAAGCAUUCCUGAUGGAACACCUGCUGGCCAGUGGGCCAAGGCCUUUCCCGACCCUCUGGCUGCUUGGGUGCGCCCAGUCAUGAUGGGGGUGGGGUGGGGGGCAUGCGGGCUGCCCAGGUCUUCUGCCCCUGGAGCUUCAACCAAAGACACGGCCGGGCCUGGACCCUACAGGGCU